CAAAUCAGGUUCUUGUGGUGUCUGUCAGACAGCAAUUCAUUUGGAAGGACGCGUGGAGUGAAUCUUUCUUCUCUGCGCGCGUGCGUGAGUGUAUGCAUGCGCAGAGUGGGAGGAGGGGGCUGCUGAGGGCUAAUCUGCACGCGCGUUAUGCGGAGCGGAGUUUCGGACUCGACCGGAUCGGCACCGCGCCGCUUCCUCCGUGGUGGGCUUUUUAUUUGGCAAAAUGCUUAAACGUAGGAUUUAAGCGCUACCAAGGGAAUAUCGAAGCGCGCGCUUGUGAUUUGGACCUGUCAGGGGAGCGUUCCAUGCCAGUCGGGCUGCUGCGACCACCGCCGGUUCCGAGAGCGAGGCAGUCGGAAGCAUCUGGGCCGCCGGCGCGCGUGUGGAUGCGGACAGUCGAAGCGGACGACGCGGUUCUUUCCGAAAUGUGACAUUUUGUACAAGGAGUCUCGUCGACGCUGCGCACCCCACCUCCUUCGCGAGUCCACACACCGGAGGAUCCAUUUGCAUCGAUUAGAAAAGAGAAAUGGCGUUUCCCCUGGUCCUGUUCCUGCUGCUGGUCACCCACGGGACUAAUGGUCAGGAGCCCGAGGACUCGGAGGCUCUCCCGCCUGGCUGCGGUUGGGGCCUGGGGCGACCCUACACCCUCCUCUGUGACCUGAAUGCCGUGUGGGGCGUGGCGGUGGAGAGCGUGGCAGCAGGCGGAACGCUGGUGGCCAUUCUGCUGGCCUUGGUGCUGCUGUGCCGCCUGCGCCACAUUGGCGAGGCAGAAAAGCGCAGCGCCGUGGGGCCCCUCCUGCUGCUACUCCUGGGCGCGGCGGGCUUGUUCGGCCUUAGUUUUGCCUACCUGAUCGAGCAGGACGAGUCGCUGUGUCUGCUGCGGCGAGCCCUGUGGGGUCUCCUGUUUGCGCUGUGCUUCUCCUGCUUGCUGGUACAGGGGGUGCGCCUGCGCCGGGUGGGCCGAGAGCACCGCAGCCCCGGAGGCUGCGCCUUGACCGGCCUGGCGUUGGGUCUGAGCGCCGUACAGGGCAUCAUCGCUGCCGAGUGGCUCUUGCUGACGGUGCUGAGGGAAGGUCGGGCCGCCUGUCAGUACCUCCCCAUGGACUUCUCGCUGGCCUGCAGCUACGUGCUGGCCCUGCUGCUGGCCGCUUCCACGGCAGCCGCCCUUGCCCUGUGUGGCAAGACACGACAGUGGCGCUGCAAUGCCAUCUGGCUGCUGGUCACCUGCCUGCUGUCGCUGCUGCUGUGGGUGGCCUGGGUGGGCUUUUACCUCUACGGCAACGCUUGGCUGGGGAAGUCGCCGGAAUGGAACGAGCCGGCACUGGCCGUGGCUCUAGUGGCCCAGGGUUGGAUUCUUCUGGUCUUCCACGCAAUCCCCGAGGCGCACCUGUGCAUGAAGCCGCCACCGCAGCCUACGGCCCCAGACUACUUUGACACAUCGCAAAGCUCCACGCGGAUGAGGGAGACCAGCUUCGAUGAAGACAUUCCGCUCUCUCACAGGCAGUUCGUGGAGAACCAAGGCUAUGGAUACAAUGAUGAGAACACUGCAGGCCUGAGAAGGAGCGGUGGCGACGGCCCACACAACAGCAGCACGGGCGCCAGGCCCAGCGCACCCUUCCGCAGCAACGUCUACCAGCCCACCGAGAUGACCAUGAUUCUGAACGGGGGAGCGGUGAGUACAUCCUCCCAGUCGCAGGUUCCAUCAGCCCCGCCCACCUACACGGGAAGGCAGCUGUGGUGAGCAAAGGGAGCUUGGCAAGACGACGAUGAGGGGGAGGCGCAGAGUUCCCAAAAGGAGGCGAUCGUACAAAAAAAUGACAUGGAUGCCACUAUCACUUUGUACAGACUGUGUGCCAAUCAAAUACUGUGUGUAAAAAGAAUACCAUGGAGGACAGAGCUAAAUGUCUUCAAGCACACGAAUUUGGACCAGCAGAUCUUAAACAAAAAAUCUAAUGGCUUUCUCAUAAGCUGGACUGCAGCACUGUAAGCUCUCUCAAAACUGUGAACAUCUUUCAUUUGGCUCUGUCCUCCAUCAGUCCUCAGUGUCAACAACAACCCCUCUCUCAAAACUCCAAUCCCCCCGCCUUUAGGUUUUUUUGCAUGGACACAAAAUGUGACAAAACAAAAAAAAAAUAUCACCUGCACAGAAGCACUGGAACAGAGCAUCCCGAUGCUGAAUCUAGGUUAAACGCCGGGGAACUUUUAUCGCAUGGGAGGAAAUGGAGCGAGGAAGUUUCUGCAAGACAACACUAUAUUUAGAGCAAUGUGUGUGUGGAGAGAGCCCAGAUCAGAUUUGCAGUGUGAGCGAGGCUGGAAAAUGAGGAGGAGCGCAAAUGUGGAAUCUUCCUUCGCUCAAUCAAAGGAAAUAGUUGAGGACGCGAGUGGGAGCGGCGCUCGUCUUCCUCCUGGUGAGUGGAGGGCAAGUCUCCUUUCAUCAGAGUCUCCAUCGCAAUGCUGCUGUCACCCGCUUGCACUUGAGAAGCUGUGUACAUACUGUAGUAGUGAUAUAUAUACAUAUAUAUAUAUAUGUCUACGUAUAUACACUGAAAAAAAGUCCUGCUUGUUUGUUUACUUUUUUUGCAUUAUAAAUUCAUCAAUUAGCUUUGGACUGUUUAGGCCAGUGUUUCCCAACAUUAACUGAGAUGAGGACCGAGAAACUUAUACCAGCAGCAAAGUUUUUUUUUCAGUCUUGAAAGAAUAUAUACAUUUUUGUAAUUUUUGUUCAAAAGUAUUUAAUUUCUUUUGUAUUUUUUUUCAAGCUUUCCUCAGUGCAAUUAUAAUAGGUGUCAAUUAUGGGUGUAUUUUUGAUAUUUCAGCCCAGUCCUGAUCCCCAGCACAUUUUCCCAUUGAAAUGUUUGGAAAUAAUUAUCUAUUAAGGCUAAUUGAUAAAUCAUAAUUAAAAAAAAAUUGAAUACAAAAUAUACAAAAAUUUAAUACUGUACAUUUAGAUCAGGGGAUGCCACUGAUUGCAUUACUUCGGUUUUAUUACUCUUUAUUAUUACAUUUUUGUGUUGCUCUUGCUGAUAAUUUAGUGAUUUCUGUUCCAGCCCCCCCCCCC